AUGGAGUUGGCUGAAAUCAACAAAAAAUUGGACAAAUUAUUGUUGGAGAAUAAACCUCCCAAUUCUCAAAUUCUGGAUCUGGAACGUCGUCUGAAAAUCUACUCAAAUGCUUUCGAAGAAGAACGCGAGAAAAAUGAAAGGCUGCAAAAACUAUGCAACUCACAAUUGACGAAAAUUGAAGAAUUGGAAAAGGAGCUUUCAAAUUUCAAGGGACAUCCUACAGUACCCCUAGUAACCCAGGAUCUUCAAAAUCUGUCAAAAACUCAGAAGAAAAAGGAGAAGGCGAAACUUCGAAAUCAGAAGAAACAAGAAAUCCCGGAAGUUUCGAAUUCUGGAACUUCUGAAAAUUCGCAUUCCCCAAAACAAAUUAUUGAGUAUUUUCGAGAAAUUGGAUUUCUGCAAAAUCCAGAAACUUCGAAAAUUCCGGAUAUUGAGAAUGAAAGUGAUCAAGAUUAUUUUGCAAGGCUGCAUAGUAUAUGGGCUGGAGAGAAUUCUUCAGAAAAAUCAGAUGGAUCAAAUCUACAGUAA